AUGCCUCAGAACCCAGCUUGGGAAUUGAUUGAGCCAUAUUUGGUAAAUACUGGAUUAUACCAUAUACCUGAUCCCACAUACGGACGAUAUAUCACUCCUCGUUAUCCACCUCAUACUGAAAUACUAGACGAUCCCAAUAUAAUCUCCAAAUAUCGUAGAGUAUUCUUACCGCCCUAUAAAUCAUUCAAGAACCUACAUGAAGCGUACGACACCACGCAGAUUAUCUAUUCCGAAGAUGUCAGUCUGACUUUACAGGAGGUAGAAGAGGGAGUGAAAAGAGGUGGAAGAUGGGUAUGUUACAGUACUUGGGAAUAUAAGGACGAACCGCAAGGUGGUUGGGAAGAGGGUGGGAAAGGUUUAGGCAAAGAUAUGAUUCUAUGUCAUGGACUAGGCGAUUAUGGAUUGAGAUAUACACCUCAUUUACAUCAUUUUCUAAAAGCUGGAUUUAGAGUGAUCAUACCUGAUUUACCAUCUUACGGUCGAUCAACAGGCGUUCAUUCUUAUCUACCAUCUUUCCUUGUCCUUCCCGCUGCACUACAUGUCUGCUUGACGGAUGUGGUUCAGCAAGAUUUGGCGAAUGGUAGAGAACAGAGAAAGGUAUUUUUGUGCGGAGCAUCCAUGGGAGGAUGGACAGUAUUGUACUACCUACUCAAAUAUCCUCCAACCGAAUUCGCUUCGGAAGUCGCUUCCCAAGGAUCUCAAGCUGAUAGUCCCUUGCCUGAAGAGGGACAUGGAAAGGGUUACGAUAAUCUCGAAAGAGCAAAGAAAGAUGAAAAGGUCAGAAUCCACGUAUCAGGUGCAUACGUGAUUUGUCCAAUGGUCGAGGUAUCAAAAGAAUCUAUACCGCCCAAGAUCGUUCAGCAGAUUGGCCGAGCUAUAUCAUACGUAGCUGGUCCAUUGCCUUUCGUUCAAGGUGUAAGAGGUAGGGUAUCGGAUGAUCCUAGAGUAGAAGCUGAUUUCGAAGCGGAUCCAUUAUGCUAUCACGGAAAAUUACGAAUAGCCACUGGUUUAGCAGCAGUAGAAGCCAUGUCAGAACUGGAAAAACGAGCAGAAGAAAUCAAUGUUCCUAUAAAAUUGAUUCAUGGUAAUAAGGAUAGAGCAACUUCUCAUCAUGGUACAAUCAAGCUUUUCGACAGAUUACCCAAUCCAGAUAAACAAUUACAGAUAUUCGAUGACUACGAACAUGUGAUGUUAAAGGUUGGUAUUGAUCAGGCGGAUGACGAGAAGCGUCAGAGGGUGUUGGCGGAUUGGAGAGCGUGGUUAUUGGAGAGAUGUUGA